UUGCUUAUUUCCAUUGACCUUGUAUCAAGCGGUAUUUUUUUUGCCUUUUCAAAACUUUUCCUCACCGUUUUUGAAUGGUAUUUUUUAGUCUAUGGAGGUUGCGAAGGACCUGAUGCUGCUUAUGUUAAGCUGAUUAGUAGUGAUGGCCACGAGUUCAUAAUCAAGAAGAACCUGGCAUUAACAUCCGGUACUAUUAAAGCAAUGCUUUCUGGUCCAGGCGCAUAUGCAGAAAACGAUUCCCAUGUCUUACAAAAGGUGUGCCAGUAUUUCGCGUAUAAAGUACGAUUUACAAACAGUGCAACUGAAAUUCCUGAGUUUCAUAUAGCACCGGAGGUGGCGCUGGAAUUGCUAAUGGCUGCAAACUUCCUUGAUUGCUGA